AUGCCGACAGAGGGUUUGAAGAAACCGCGCGCGAAGCACGCGUGUAGGGAGUGCAACUCGCGACGCAUCCGCUGCAACGUCACCGAGCGCCACCCUUGUUCAAACUGCGAGACAGCGCAGGCGACUUGCGAAGUGAUCCCGUCGCGAAGAGGCCGGUAUUUACGGAAGUCUAAGAGGCAGAAGCAGACGGAAGCAGCCGCAUCGGCGACCCCAGAGCCCGCUGCCCCGGCCGCGUCGUCCGCGCUCACCGCUGAUGUCGCCGCGACGCUUGCUUCGAUGAGUACUGUGUCUCCGUCGCAUGGACUUCCGAGCUCCUCUGGAAUAUCGCAAACCCCUUUUCACGCUGAUACACCUGCUUCGUGUCAUUCCUCUGGAACUACGGGCGGCAGCCGGUUCUUUGGAGAGUCGAAUUUCAUCACUCUUGUUCCUGGAGCAUCAGGACCCGGCAAUGAGGCUGCGACUAGUGAUGGGCUGUUGAAGGGUCGUCUCACCUUUCCAGUGCCGCAGACGCCACAAUCUCAUGGCCUGGCAACUUCACCUGCCAGUGUGCCUUCCAUGAGCUCUGCGACAGAGCGAUAUCUUCGGGAUGAGGGAGCCCUCACCUUCCCCGACAUGCAGAGCUGUCUUCCAGCUUUACAUGCUUACUUCACCUGGUUUCACCCUUGCUUUCCCAUUCUUGAUCGCGCCGAUAUCUCCAGGCGCCUCGUGACGAUGGAUAUUUCGCCGCUCUUGUUGCAAGCAAUGCUUUUCAUCGGUUCGACGUACUGCGACGAGGCAACGAUUCUUGGCAUGGGGUUCAAAGAUCGGUCUGAGGCCAAAAAUCUGACAUACUCUCGCGCGCGUGUUUUGUUUCAUGCCAACUGGGAGAAAGAUGAGUUUACUCUUAUUCAGUCACUGUUUCUAUGCAGCUUCUGGAGGGGUGGACCGGCGGAUUGGAGAGAUGUGAGGUACUGGCUAGGGGCCGUGUUAACGCUCGCGCAGACCCAUGGCCUUCAUCGCUCAACUCGAUUCAUCACGAAGGAUCCCCAUUUCGCUCGGAUGAGACGCAGAGUCUGGUGGUCAAUCUACGUCCGCGAACGGCAAGCGGCUGUGUCACUGGGACUACCUUGUCGAAUCCGUGAUGAGGAUUGUGACAUUGAGCCGCUGACUUCGACUGAUCUGGAGGAUGAUGCUGACGAACAGCGAGCAACUGGGUUCGGUGCACCAGAAUCGGAGCACAUUCAUUAUGCUGUCAAGAUGAUUGACAUCGCUCGUCUUCUCGGGAGAAUCAUGGACACCCACUUUGCGCCUGGUCGGGGACCACCAGCACCGACGGAAGUUCGUGAAUUGAAGCAGCAGCUCGAGGAUUGGAAGCAAAGCCUACCAGAUGAGAUGCGUAGAGGCCCUGAUGAUGGGCAGUCUUCAGUCUUGACCUGCUUAAUCCACCUUGCCUACAAGUGA